UGACGAAGGGGUCUCAGUGUAGUGGAUAUCGAGAAAGCUGUAUGGUGUCUAGUAAACCUAAUGAUUGUGGCAGCUUUAGCGAGACGUCCCCAACGGAUAAGUUACAAGCUGCGAGACAAACACGGCUGUGCUUCGUCCGUUUGCAAGAAGUGCAUGCAAAGGCGAACUGUGAAGCAACGAGCAAGUUUUGUGGCAAGCUAAAUGUGAAGUCAGCGUCAUCGUGUUCUGACUCCGAAUCGUGUGACGAUAAUGGUGCGGUGAAGAAGCCUGUAGUCGUAACUGAUAAUCCAUUGUUGAAAAGAGUGUCUCAGACGACACCGCAGUUUGUGCAUAAGAAGAGGGUUACAGUUUCAGUGUCCAGUUCUCACUCCACAAGUUUACAAGGUAAUACUAGUCAAAGUAAAGGAAUUAAACCUUUAAUGAUUCAUGAGGAAGAACCUGAGUCAUCUACGGCUGUUAUUAAAGAGUGUGAAAAUGAUGAAGUCGAUCAUACAGGCGGCGGUAUAGUGAGUAUUUCUGACAAUGGUCACGGUAGUUCACAUUUGUCUGUAGCUGAUCAUGAUGAGAUUAGCGGAAUGCCUACUACUACUGAGUUGACUGAAGGUUCUGUACAACUUGAACGUGAAGCAGAAUUAAAGGCAGAUGCGGUUGGAGAAGGUAUGGAUACUCGUGAGGCCAUCACUGUAAGUGAUCCGAGUGUAGCCCAACUAUCGACAGAUGUUAAAACUGAACUGGAGCCAAUAAUAAAAGAUAGCAGUGGUGGUUAUCCUGUGGUUAGACAACCUCCUAAAGGUCUAACAACAACAGCUUCUGAUACACCGCUAAGUUCAUCAACUGGUGUCAGCCAGUCGUCGUUGGUGUUGUCAUAUGCAGUAAAAGAGCCGUUCAUGAAUCAACGUGUCUUAUGCAGUGACUAUGCUAGUGUUGGUCCGUUCGAAGGGACGAAAGUCAAUGGCCAGUUUAGUGACGAUAGGCCAACUGUGUACAAGAGGGUAAUCGUUAGACUGACUUGCACGAAUAAAGGCAUUUCAGGUUUCAAACUACUAUUUGAAUGUUAUUAUCUUUGGUGCAAAUUACUCUGUACAUUCGCUUGGUUGGUCAGAUACGUCGUAUGUUUGUUAGUCAUCUACCUUCCACGAUACAAUGUCAUGGGCGUGUUACCAUUCAGAGUCGAGGAUAUAGAUGAUGGAAGGAGGUCAGCAAAUGAGCUCAACGACGAUUUUCCAACUUAAGGGCGUAAACCUGAGAAGGGUUGUAGGCGUACUGCUGUAAGUCCUACAAUUCUUCAAGGGUAGUACGUCGAAGAGCAGUCCAUCGUACUUGGUGUAUUAUUUUGUACAUAUGUUCAUGUUGUAUAUAAUGAAUUGGUAUCAUCCCUCUUCUACCUGUUGAUUAAUUUUGUUUGUAUCCGGACGUCUUCCACUUGGAUCGUCAACCUGAGAAGAAAUGUAGGCGUACUGCUGUAAGUCCUACAGUUCUUCAAGGGUAGCUCGUCAAGGCAGAAUCCGCGAUAUUUGAUGUAUUGAUUGUACAUAUGUUUGUGUUGAGUAAUUCAAUGGGUUCCGAUUCAUCUGAUUGUCGGUUAAUUUUAUAGUUGUCGCAUUGUGUGAAUCAUCUUGUAAUGUUUUUGUAAGUACUUCUGAAUUCGCUUCUAAACUUGUGAACGAAUCGAGUAGAGUAAGAGUCAGCGUACGCGAUUGGAUACGCCGGGGAGAGGAUUGGGCUAGAGUGGAAUGAAGCAAUCGAUACUUUGUGAAAG